AUGACAACCACAGCACGAACGCUGGCUCAGAUAACUGCUGAGCCUGCGCGUAGUAGACAGCGUGUUGCAGAACACAAACGUGCUAUCGGAGCCGAAAUACGUAAAUUAGGUGAGCCGGUGCGUCGGUUGAUUAUCAGCAAGGUCGUAUUGCGUAACUUCAAAAGCUACGGAGGAACGACAGUCAUAGGACCCUUCCACAAGCGUUUCACAUCCAUAGUCGGACCAAACGGAUCGGGAAAGAGCAACGUCAUUGAUGCUAUGUUGUUUGUGUUCGGAUUCAGGGCUAAACAGAUGCGAUUCGAUAAGUUAUCAGACCUCAUACAUAACUCACAGGCAUACCUACAGCUGAACGGAGAUAAACCUCUAGAUUCGAUGGAAGUUGCAGUGCAUUUCUGUGAAAUUAUAGAUAGAGAUCCUGAUGUAGAUGAUUUCGAAGUUGUACCAGGCAGUGAACUAGUCAUAGCACGCGAGGUACACCGUGACAACACAUCGAAGUAUCGUAUAAAUGGAAGGACGGCAACACAAAAGGACGUUUCAAAUUCACUCAAGAGCUUUGGAAUGGACCUUUACAACAAUAGGUUCCUAAUAUUGCAAGGGGAAGUCGAACAAAUCGCGCAGAUGAAGCCUAAAGCCACGAAGCCUGAUGAAGAAGGCUUACUAGAAUAUCUGGAAGACAUCAUUGGCACUAAUCAGUAUCUAGAAGCCAUACGUGAGGCACAGAAGGAAUAUGAAGAAAUGCAAGAGCAGUGUCAGGAACGAUUUAAUCGAGCUCGGGUCGCACAAAAAGAAGUAGAAGAUCUAUUGGAGCCUAAACGUGAGGCAGAUGAAUACAUUGCAAAAGAAAAAGCAUUGUUGCAGGCACAACAGGCCUUGGUACGCAAGGAAAUGACCGUUAUUAUGCAGCAACGCGAUGACAGCGCCGCUCAGCUAGAUAAACUCGAACAGGAGUUUCGGGACUCCACAGCAGAACUGGAAGCCUUACAUAACAAACGUAGCGAAGCUGUGCAGUGCAUUCAAGAGGUAGAACGUGAAUUGCAGGCCACCACCAAAGUCCAAAAACGCCUCAACGACAGCCUACAGAAAAUGGUUGCCAAAGAUGAAGACCUGAGGAAACAGUUGCUGAGGGAGGUUAAAAAGGUUGAAGAGAAAACGGCAGCAAUUAAACGUGCAGGGGGAAACCGACCUAAGUUGGAGCAAGAAGCGCGCGAAAAGUUGAACCGCAGUGAAGAGCUCCUUAAUCAAUUACCAGUAUUGCAGCAAGAACUUGAUAAAACAGAAACUGAUUUGGAAGUAUUAACCGAACAGUUGAAGCCAGAACUUAUGGCGGCAAACCGUGAACUUGCGAAGCGUGAAUCUGAACUGGCGCCGAUGCAAGUUGCAUAUGACCAGACACAAAAGGACAUAAGUGUGACGAAAUCGUCUAUUGAGCUUUUAGAAAACAGGCGAAAAGAAGGUGAAAAUAACCUGAACAUACUAAAGGACGCCGAGAAGAAGAUGAGCGAGUCCAUCAGACAACACCGAACCAUCUUAGAACAGGAUAAGGCGGAACUGGAUCAACAGCGUACUGCGUACGAUAAUUGUCUUAAAAAAAUCAACGAACUGGAGCCAGCUAUCCGCCAGAAGACUAAAUGGUGUACGCAGAAGCGCGGAGAGUACGAAAGCCUCAAACGAGAACUCGACGAAUUUAUGGGUUCUAAAGAUCAGUACAAAUAUAUUAUGGGACUGGUUGCAAGUGGUAAAAUUAGGGGUGUUCACGGUCGUCUAGGAGACCUUGGGUCCAUACCGCCGGAAUACGAACGGGCGUUCAUGGCUGCUGCUGGUGGGCAGGUCGAUGUGUUGGUUGUAGACAACCCCGAUGUAGCAUCACAGGUAUUUGAUGAGUUGAGAAAACGUAAUCUGGGAAGGUGUUCAGCUAUGGCACUAAGCAUUCUGAACAACGACCUUAGGCGGCAGAUGGACGCGUUCGAGCGCGUGUCGCUCGACGGCCUGCCGCCCGAUGUUCAGCACUUAGUACACCUUGUGCAACCAACCCAACCAAUAUAUAAGGUCUGCUUUUUUUCUGCUAUUCGAGACACGCUUUUGGCGCCGGAUCUAGACGUUGCGUCCGGAGUAGGUUACACGUUUCGGCGGCGCGUUGUCACGCUGAAUGGAGAACUUAUAGAACCUGAUGGGCGCAUGUGUGGAGGUGGUGUAAAAGCGAAGAAGGGCGGGGGUAUUCAUAGGAGUGGAGGCAGUAGUGUCACCACCCAAGGUGGCACUAAACCCUUUGUGGACGCCGCACACUUGGAAGUGGUGUUUAAAGAACUAGAACGAGAGGCCUCAGAGCUUGCACAUAUGAAAGAGGAUUUUGCCCAAUAUACAUUAAAGGAAAAUACCCUUUCGAAGUCUAUUUCAGAGCUACAAUAUAACCUUGAUGUUAUGCAGCACAAUACGGUCAACGAAGAGGUACAAUUGGCUGAAAUAACGGAAAGACUAAAGAAGCUGGAAACUUCAAAACAAUAUGUGGAAGACGAAGAACAACUAGAAAUUAUGCUAGAACGACUGAAGGUCCUGGAGGAGAGCGCCGCGUGCGCCGCCGAGAGGGUAGCAGCACAAGAAAAGGUGGUGGCCAACGCGUAUGCCGCCGUCAACAGUGUAGGUAAAGGCAAAUUGCGUCAUGCAAAAAAGCGUGUCGAGGAAGUAGAGGCCAAACUAGCAGAGGCCAGGGGUGCUAUGGAGCAGCUGAGAAGAGACGCUGCGGCGCUGCAGGCCGACGCGGACAAAUGCGCGCGCGAUGCUGAAAAAUUCACAAGGGAGAUAGAACAACACAAGGUACGGGAAAAAGAUUUGGAACGGCAGCUAAAUGACCUUGAGGAAGAAGCUGCUGCAGUGAGUAACGAAAUGAACGGUGUUGGAAUCAAAGCGGAAGCCCUAAAAACGAAACUCCGUGAGUUGAACGAUGAUAUGGUAGCGAAAAAGAAACUUAUCGAAGGUCACGACCUAAGGUCCUUAGAUAUGCGGCAUAAUAUCGAUGAGUUGUCAAAACGUUUGCGUACGUGCGACCUUCGAUUGGAGGAACGCCAGACACGUUUGAAAGAUCUCGUGGAAUCGUUGCGUAAAACGUGCGCACUGAUUCAAAGCAGUGAGGAGGCGCAAGCUAUGGUAGAUAACGCCGUCGAUACGACUAGCAGCAUCUCUGUUAAGCAGCAUGUUAUUUCAGAAGCUGGGGGAUCGUCUACAAACAUUGAUGGUGAUGUAGACAAGAUGGAAGAUGAAAUGGCGAUCACCGCCAGAAGGGAAGGUACAGCGCAAGAAAAGGGAAGCGAUGCUAACCGAGCUGAUACUGAUGAAAUAACCCAUAUUAAGACUGAACCCUGUGGUUCUGGAGUUAUUACAGCAUCAGGUGGCCUUACGAACGUCUUUGCUGAUGAUCCUGGGACGACCCGUGAUAGUCAAUUUGAGAAAUUGGAUGUUAAGCAACUCAGUGACCUGGUUGAAAGGCUACGAAAAGAGGCGGGCUCGGUGCCUAACCUUGGAGUUAUUGAUGACUUCAGGAUGAAGGCACACGAAUAUAACCGCAAGCGCCAGGAACUACGUAUCGUACAAGAGCGGCGUGAUGAAUCUAAACAUUCAUUUGACCAAUUAUGUUUCAAACGUAAAAACGAAUUCAUGCAAAACUUCGCGAUCAUCGCAGCUAAACUCAAGGAGAUGUACCAAUCUAUUACUCUGGGCGGUGAUGCCGAGCUAGAACUGGUGGACUCCACGGAUCCAUUUACUGAAGGGAUUUUAUUUUCAGUUCGGCCUGCAAGGAAGAGCUGGAAGCAAAUACAGAAUCUCUCUGGUGGCGAGAAAACAUUGAGUUCUCUUGCGCUUGUGUUUGCUUUACAUCAUUACAAGCCGAAUCCGGUUUACUUCAUGGACGAGAUUGAUGCGGCACUUGAUUUCCGCAAUGUUAGUAUCAUAGCUCAAAGUAUAAGGGAGCGGACUAAGGACGCUCAGUUUAUCAUCAUCUCGCUGAGAAGCCAAAUGUUUGAGUUGUGCAACCAAAUGGUUGGAAUUUACAAGACCUCCGACGUCACGAAGAGUCUGUCCGGAGUGGUGAUGGAGAAUUUGUUCACCGACGAUGAAUCGCCUCAAGAAAACGCAUGUGACCAAACAGGUGUCGCAGGCGAUCUAGGAAGAUUCUCUGUGGACAGCGUUGUAAAUGCUGAAAUAGAUGAAGGAAUAGACAUAUGUAGCUCGGAAGCGCUGCUUGGUAUAGUCGCCAAAGACCCAAAGGCGUUAAUACCUACUAUUCUACCCGGACCGAUUGACUCCAGGGUAGUGGAGAGCAGCAUUGUGGAGUUCUUUAGCACCCCAGGUACUCAUUUCAUGCACAUUCAGAUGCCAAAUGUAAUGCCGUGUCUCGAUAAAGAUCGCACACUUCGCGAAACUAAGCCAGGUCCCAGGGAACGAUUCUCAUCGAAGCGUAUAGUUCAACACGCCAUAUCUGACGACCCAGAGGGCUCAUUCACCUAUCGUACCUCAAGAAUAGGUUCACUUCCAUCUGGUAGAAUGGGUAGACUGCGUAUACAUCGCAGUGGAAGGAUAAGGCUGCAUAUCGGAGGUCAUGUCUUCAAUUUUGCCCGUGGUAACCGUUUGACCUGCAAGCAUCAGGUCGGAUGCUUUCUAGAUGAAAAUGACGAAUUUCUUUUUUUGGGAAACUAUCGCAAGAAGUUCGUCGUUUCGCCAGAUUUCCAAACUAUGUGGAGAAAGUAG